UGAUAACUUUUGAUAUCUCAGCUCAGCUGUAAGCAGGAAAUGACAGAACAUCGACGUCAUGGAGAUGGAGUGGGACGGUGCUAAAAAGGCACAUUAUAACAUUUCGUGGCCCUGGGUGAUGUUGAAAGACGCUCAGCGAGGACCCACGAGACCUACAGUCGAGGGCCCAUUUGUUGAGCUAUGUUUAUGGAUCAUGUGAGUAAUAUAAACAGAAAGCACGUUUCUCCGCUCCGCGCGCUCUGAGCUCGAGCUGAGUUGGCAACAGGAGCCCACCUGUGUUUAAUCACAAAGACACGAUACAUGCAACUUCACACCGACCCAGCGCUGAGGGCUGACGCUCAAACGCUACAAGUGAAAGGAUGAACUGAGAAGUCGCGCUUUGGACUCCUAAAACUUGCGUGUGGUGAGAUAAAGGCAUACCUAUGUUUAUAAGAUGACACUCAACACACAGAAAGAGGGAAAGGAACCACUGAGGAGAAGAGCGAGCACUCCCAUCCCCUCUUCUCGUCAAGCGAGCCGGGGAAAUAGAGACCCCUCGGCUGACCCGUAUCACCCUCCUCUCGCCCAGUCAGCCUCUUACCACCCUGGAGACAAGAGCAUCCACUCUCGGGCCAACUGGUCUUCAGACUCAGAGUCGGACAGCUCAGGAAGCGAGUGUCUUUAUCGUGUGGUUUUGUUGGGGGAUCACGGCGUGGGGAAGUCAAGCCUUGCCAACAUUUUUGCUGGAAUACAAGAGAAGGAUGCCCACAAACACAUUGGAGAGGAUACAUAUGAGAGAACCCUUACGGUGGAUGGGGAGGAGACAACCCUAGUCGUGAUGGAUACGUGGGAAACAGAAAAACAGGAGGAAGAUGAGAAGUGGGUUCAGGAUUACUGCAUGCAGGUGGGGAAUGCGUACGUUAUUGUUUACUCCAUCACAGACCGCAGCAGCUUUGAGAGCGCAUCGGAGUUACGAAUCCAGCUGCGGCGCAUCCGACAGGCUGAAAACAUUCCCAUUAUCCUUGUGGGCAACAAAAGUGACUUAGUGCGCUCUCGAGAGGUGGCAGUGGAAGAGGGUCGGGCUUGCGCCGUGGUGUUCGACUGCAAGUUCAUAGAAACCUCCGCCUCCCUCCACCACAAUGUUCAUGAGCUCUUUGAGGGCAUCGUGAGGCAGAUCCGACUGCGGAAAGACAGCAAAGAGAUCAAUGAGCGCCGCCGCUCUGUCUACAAGCGAAAAGAGAGCAUCACCAAGAAGGCCAGACGCUUCCUGGAUCGACUGGUGGCCAAGAACAACAAGAAGAUGGCCAUGAAAGUGCGCUCCAAGUCCUGCCAUGACCUCGCAGUGCUGUGAACCCACAGAUCGCUCUCAUUCCUUGAACUCUGGGUUUCUUUGUUUUCUGUUCAAAAAGAGGAUUUGACUUUCUGACAAGUCCACUUUUGAAGGUGAACAUUAAUUCAAAUGUUUUGUUUUUGUUUGUUUACUCAUUCAUUCAAAUCGAAUUAUUGUAUUGAAAACCUUUUUACUGAUUGCCCUGAAGACCUUGAGGUUUUGCUCAUUGUUCUGUCCUAUAGAUCAAAUUUUUUUUGAUAGUCGUUUGAAUUAAACCAAAGGUUUAUUACUGUAUAUCACCAAUUAAGUGGUCUUUGUUUUUUUUUAAUGAACAUUUUAUCAAUGUUUGCCUUAUCAGACUGAAUAGAUAUUAGUUAGAAAUAAUUAACAAGCAAUAUUUAUUAUUCAUUGUUGUUUGUUUGUUUGUUUUUUUUCUAAUAAAAUUGAUAAUUCACCUUGUUUUUUCUAAAAAAAAAAAAAAAAAGAAAAGAAAAGUAUUUUGUAUACACUGAAAGUCAUUUGCUAUGAGAUAGGCACAAGCCGUUGGAAAAGUUAAAGGAGAGACAGCUGAGACCAAUGUUUUUUUUUUACUAUAAGUUUAUUCUAAUAAAGCAAAAACAUUUUAGACAUGUCAAUCAUCAUUUAAAAAGGGCAUGUGAAUAUCCUCCAUAAGCCUUUUGCAGUUUAUUUGAAUGAGGUAGUUGGUCAGUAAACUCAGUUGGUCAGUAAACAUUAUAAGGUGUCAGAUAUUUUUGCCAGAACUUAUGAAAAUAAUGGUUUACAGGCUAUUUCUCUCUAAAUGUUUUUUUUUUUUUUUUUUAGGCACUGGGAAAAUGUUUUUGUACAACUUGAUGUUGUUGGUUUGUAAAUAUUUAUUUUCCAGAAUUUGUAUAAUAAUAAAUGGCUAUGAAAUAUGUAAAUACAGUUAUGCUUUGCAUGAAUGCAGACAUAAUAACUUUAAAUGUUUUUUUUUAAUAAAUCCCAAUCUGUGUUUUGAUUUUCUGCUUUUUUUCAAUUAUCACCCAGUCCGUCUUUCAGAAUGAGUUGUCAUAUUUUGUUGUCAUAAGUCUUCCAUUUUUGAUCAUUUUUUAAAAAUUGGCUAAAAAGAGGUUUGUUUCAUCCAUAAGGUGCACUAAUGUUCAUAAGUAUCUGUUCAUGUUCCAUAGCCUCACCUUGGAUCUCCUACUGUUACUUGUGAAAAAAUAUCCAGAUUGCAGUGUAUGUAAUCCAGAACACCCCUGUAUUAUCGUUGUUCUCAUACAAUCGAGGGGCUCAGAGGGCUUUUCUACAACAAUAUGGAAACAAUCAGUGAAAUCCAAUCACUGGAACAAAGUUAACAAAGGACCACAAUGAAAUGCCAUGGUCAGUCCCUCUGUGUAUGAUGACAGUUUAGUGCUCCACUUAAAGCUCUUAAGCAGAUUACUUCUCUCAAAUGCUAAUUUUUAGAGUAUGUUCAAUGGAUGGGUCAGAUAUGAGGUCAGAUAUAUUCCAAACAUAAAAGCAAUGUAACCGAAAACCAUCACGCCUUAUUGAUUAUACCUACUCAAAGUUAAUGCAUGAGAAGAGCAAUGCAACUUUAAGAAAUGUUGAUCUGAUCUCCAAAAUAAUGCUUGUAUCCAUUGUGGAGUUGCAAUGCCUGAAUGGUAUUAUUUUGAUGUUAUUUUUACUGAGACAAAAAAGAUGUCCAAAAAAAAGAUAUAGAUAGAACCCAAAGUCAUUAUUUGCAAAUUCAGCCCCCAAAAUGACCAAGAAUGCCAUUUUACACAAAGACAUCAAUGUCAAGUUUAUUGAUGGUAGAUUUCCCAGAUGCCAAUUAAGCCGCAUGGAUAAAGUUACACUGUCAAUUGAGGGUCGCCAAUGCAAAAAAAAAAAAAGUUUACUCUUGGAGUAGAUUUGAUUUGUGUCCAUCUUUCCAUAAAGAUAUUCCUCCAACUGUUGUUACUUUUACAUACUGUUGUUUUAUAUUUUGACACAUGCUUAAAAACCCAAGAAUGAAAAUUCUGUCAUCAUUUACUCACUCUCAUGUCGUUCCAAACCUGUAUUAAUUUCUUUCCUCUGUGGAAGUCACUGGUAACAGAAACUGUUUGGUUGUCAACGUUCUUCAAAAUAUAUUCUUUUAUGUUCAGCAGAAGAACGAUAUGCAGGUUUGGAAUGGCAUGAGGGUAAGUAAAUGAUGACAGAAUUUUCAUUUUUGGGUAGAAUAUCCCUUGAAAAUUCUCCCAUCAUUUUCUCACCCUCAUGUUGUUCCAAAUCUGGACCCCAUUGACUUUCAUUGUAUAGACAUUUUUUUCAAAAUAUCUUCUUUUGUGUAUCACAGAAAAAUAAAAGUUUUUGGGUGAACUAUCCCUUUAACAUCCAAUAGGCUUGUGCUGCUCCCUUGUCCAUGUGGUUGAGUAUUUUAUCCGCAUGGGGAGGACAUGCGCUGGGGCAACCACUGUUCAGCACCAGGAAAAGAAGCAGGAGGCCAGAACUGCAAUUAGGCCAGUGUGCUGCGCCUGGGUCAGCUCUUUCCACUGGCCCCCUUGUCACCACUGGAGUGGGGGAGGGGAUGUGGCGUUCUGGCUGGGAGCUCAGUGCAUUGAUUUGGUCUGGGUAAUGGAAAGAAUGCUCCACUCCACACUCAACCUUUCCCCCAGCUAAUACAGCCUACACAUGCAGAUCACACGCAAAUCAACAUCUUUUGUUGUCUUUCUGUGAAUGUUAUAAGAUUUUUUUUGCUAGUAUAGUCAUGCACUUAGCUAACAUUUGAAAAAUGUUGAAACUAACCAACAUUUGGUGCCGUCUUCAGUUCAGAUGUACCAUUUUCUAAACUGCUUUGAACUAUGAUUCAUCUCCCAAGCUUUUUUACAAAGUAACAAUUAACUUCUGCACAUACCCAGCAGGUAUGUUUGUGGUUGAAACACAUGCAAGGCUGUUUCUUUCUUUCAUAACAAGUGGAAGUUUUCUCCAAAUACCAAAAAUAACUGUGCAUUAAGCGUCUGACAUGAGAUUAAAGGGGCUUCAUUCACCAGAGCCAUGCAGUAAAAAACGAACAGGGAAAGAGAGAGGGAGAGCAGAAUGGAAAAAGUGAAUAAGGCCAAGGAGGUGGCAGUGCAUACAGGAAGACGAAUGGUCCUGCACCGGUCGCACUGGCUGGUUCUUGUAACGUGUCAAGUAUCCGGCGUCCUCCAGAUGUGUGUCAUGUUCAUACUGUGGAAAGCCUCUGGAGAGAUUUACAUUUGGCUGCACUCUGCCUCACUGUGAGCACGGGGAGAGAGAGCUAAUUACGGAAAGUUGGCAGUCAGCAGAACAUCAAGCAAGCUGUGGUGAGAGUCAAUGGAAAGAAUGAGAUUAAACCAAGAAAAAUGUGGGGUCAUAUUUUUUUUUGCUCAUCAAAAAGAUGAGUAAUGAAUUUGUUACUUUAUAUUUUUGAUUGUAUAGGCCUGCUUCUCAUGGUAUAUUUGUUAUUGUUCUGGUUCACUGUCUGACUAAGCGGUCUCAGAGGUAUGGUGUAAAAUAGUCAACUGAGCGACACUGACUUGAAGGCCUGAGAGAGGAAAAGAGCAGCAGUUUUUUUUCCCCCUGGUUAAUUUUUAAUGUACUAAAGGGAUUACACUGUUUUGUCUUUUAAAAAUAAGUCUAAGUCAUUGUUUGUUUUUCUUCUUUGUACCCCCACACUUUGUGGUUUGGUGCCUUAAAGAUCACAUUAGGCCUAUUCCAGACUCUUGGUGGUCUAGAUAGAUAGAUAGAUAGACUUUAUUCAAAUUAUUUUUUAUUAAAGUUGCCAUAUGGCAAAUUUAGCUUGAAGGGGUGGGGCUGCGGCUAAGGUGUAGUCAUUAAAAUGAAAGUUUCAGGGUGUGUUAAUGGGUGUGUCUGUAUGUGUGUAAUUUAUUGUCACUUUACUGUAUUUCCAGUUCACGCUUCCGUUGUCAGUGUGUAACACGAGUUCCCUCUGGUGGGCAGUUUGGCGCAUCUCUUCUUAUGCAACAAGAACGACACGUGCACGCGCAGUGGCUGUUUGCCGCCAGUCAGCUUGUCGUUUAUAACCGCUGCACGCGCCUUGUGACUGACUACUAUUAGUUGAAUCGAUUACGUUUUGGAUUAAUACAGUUGUGUUUUUUAGGUUUGUGUGGAUUCAUUCUAAACGCCUGGGGGUUGCAAGUGAAGCCGGAGCAGACGGUAGAUCCGGGUUUUAGCGCUCGUUCGUGGAGUCAGGAUUGUAAAGCUCUGUAGGCCGCAGUGUCUAAGAUCAACAACAACAACAUGGCCGAUGAUUUGGACAUCGAAGCAAUGCUAGAGGCUCCAUAUAAAAAGACUUGCCUAUAUCUCACCUCUACUCCCAUGAAUUCCAGUGUGAACUGUCAAAAAAAUGAAGGUAGUAAUUGCCCAAUAUAUUGAUGUACUGUGGUACCCUUGGUUGAAAUAUAUAGGCAAAAUGAUAAAUAGGUACCGCCAGAAUAAAUGCAGUGGAUGCACAUAAAAGCUGGUAUGAACUCUGUGGAGACUGUAUAUAUGUUAUUGUAUGCAUGGUAUUCUUAGCUCCAUAUUUUUGUCAUAAGGAAGUUUACUUCCAAAAUGACUAGAACUAGUUUGCAUGUCUUACAAUAUAAAUAUAUGGCAGGUAAUCACUGAAAACAUAUUGGCUUAAAAUGUCAUAAUCCUCAGUGCAGAAAUCCUGGAGUUGACAUACUCAAGCAAAUCCACAGAGUCUCCUUAUUCUCUAUUCAUCGCUUUGAAAAUAAACAGAUUAAUAUACUGUAAAUGUCAUCUGUUUUGGUAAAAAAAAAAAAAAAAAAAAAAGUUUAUGCAUGCUGCUGACAUUUAAUAAUACUUAGAAAUUGUAAUUCUGCGGGUUUACAAACAGGAAUUGAUGGGGCUCAGCAUUUAAUGUCAUAACGUUCACCGUAAAAUACAUUUAUCUUGUAAAAUAUCUAGCCUCUUAACAACAACAAAAGAUCAACUCAACUUUAGAUGGUCUGUGGGAGUCGCUAUUACUAAGCCGUGUGAAUCCCUGUUUGCUUCAGGGCGAGAUGUGUGACUGAGGUGGCAUCGAGCUCUUUCAAUCCAAGAAGGCAAUUGGGGUGAAGAUCACUGGAAUGGCAUCCACCACUGGAGCUCGUUUAGUGGCUGGCUGCUAGCGUUGCCACUUUGGGUCUUAGGCUCAGAUAGCCUUGGUACUGAACCUAUUGGGCUGCUUGAUGAAUGAAGUGUAUAAAAAAAAAAAAAAAAUGCUUUUUUGUUUUACAUACCCAGCAUAGCAAUAGCACUUGAUUUUUAUUUUUUGGCCGUCUUACACAAGUAAUGCAAGCACUAGUAAGGAAGAACGACAUUGGCAGCCAUGUGGUUGGUUUCUUUCUAAAAGGUCCCCUUUGUAUUUGUCGUCCUCCCACACAAACCCUUUAAUGAACUCCCUAUUUAAUGAUCAUAUCAUAUUCUCUUUUGUUCCCAUCCCUUCUUUAUCCUUACGACUUGAAAUGUUUCGCCGUCCUCCUCAUGCUGUCUUCUAUCGACCCUGCUUAGGAUGACAACAAGUCCAUAAGUACCAAUGGGCACGAGGAGCGGAGCAAGAA